AUGGCCGAGAUGAACCCUGAUGCUGCUAUUGCAGCUCCCGCUCAAACUCACGGUGCUGGGUAUUCCGCACUUCCAGAUAAUCUUCAGCGCUUUCUCUUAACUGGAAAGGUCGUCGUUGUUACUGGUGGUGCGCGCGGUCUCGGCUUCUGCAUGUCUGAGGCUCUCUGCGAGGUUGGCUGUAAGGCCAUUGCCAUUAUGGACGUUUUGCAAGAGCAUGGAGACUCUGCUGCUCUUGAACUAAACAAGAAAUACAACAUCCCUGCUGCGUUCUACAAAGUCGAUGUUCGUGACGCUGAGGCCGUCAAGGAGGUCAUGACCAGUAUUGCCGCCGACUUGGGAAGUGUCGACGUUCUUCUCUGCUCUGCCGGUAUUGCCGACUCCAACAUGCCGGCCGAGACCUACGAUAUCGAGAGAUUCCGUCGUCUUAUUGACAUCAACCUUACUGGUACUUUCUUGUGCGCCCAGUCUGCUGGUCAAAUCAUGAUCAAGCAAGGAAAUGGAGGCUCGAUCAUCUUCAUUGGAUCCAUGUCCGGACACAUUGUCAAUUGGCCCCAGGAACAAAGUUGCUACAACGCUUCAAAGGCUGGUGUUAUCCAGCUCGGCAAAUCUCUUGCCGCUGAGUGGAGCAAGUACAAUAUUCGUGUCAACUCCAUUUCUCCCGGUUACAUGGAUACCGCUUUGAACCGUGUUCCCGCUCUUGAGGCACAGAAGAAGUUGUGGUGCUCGCGCACACCAAUGAACCGCCUCGGAAAUGUCGAUGAAUUGAACAGCACCGCUGUCUUCCUUGCAUCCAAUGCUUCCACCUUCAUGACUGGAUCCGAUAUCAUCAUUGAUGGUGGUUACUGCUGUUGGUAA